AACCACCAAAAAAUCCGAAGAAGAAGAAGAAGCGGUUCAAAGUUCAGUGGUGAGUUUCCCCCCAUGCUGGUUCCAUCAGGGAGAUUCUGACAUUUAAAACAGACUAAAGACUCUUUAUUCUGAGAAGCCAGUUCACCGGACAGGUCACCAUGUCUGCCUACACGUGCAUCAGCUGCCGAGUGGCCUUCACAGACGGCGAGGUUCAGCGAGCGCACUACAAAACCGACUGGCACCGGUACAACCUGAAGAGGAAGGUGGCCGACAUGCCGCCCGUCACCGCAGAAAACUUCCAGGAGCGAGUUCUGGCACAGAGGGCGGCCACCGAGCAGCAGCUGAGCGACGCGGCGACCACCGAGGGCUGCUCCGUCUGCAACAAGAGGUUCUCCAGCGCCAACGCCUACCAGAACCACCUGCAGUCCCACAAACACCAGCAGGCCGAGAGGCAGGCGCUGCUGGCCGCCCAGAGGAAGGUGGACAAGAUGAACGAGAAGAACCUGGAGAAGGGCCUCGGUGACGAGAAGGAAGAUCACGACGCCCGGAACGAGGCCCUGCAGCAGGCGCUGAAAGACCAGCAGAGGCCGAGCCCGGCCAAGCAGGGGCCGCCAGAAGGAUCCACGAAGCCGGAGAAACCGGAGAAACCUCCCAGGAUGAUGUGGCUGGAGGAGCAAGCCAAGAGGAGAGAGAAGGAAGAGGGAGCCACCGCCGAGGAAGAAGACUGGGAGGACGUUGACGAGGAGGAGGAAGACGAUGACAUGGAGGACGCUGAUGAAGAGGAGACGAUGGACCAGGAGGACGGCGACUCGGCGGCUCCGUCCGACCAGAACCCUGCCGCCCUGCCGGGCUCCAUCCCCGUCACCGACUGCCUCUUCUGCUCCCGACACUCCAAGUCGCUCAUCAAGAACGUCGCCCACAUGACCAAAGUCCACAGCUUCUUCAUCCCCGACCUGGAGUUCCUGGUCGACCUGAAGGGCCUCAUCCGGUACCUGGGGGAGAAGGUUGGUGCUGGUAAUGUGUGUUUGUGGUGUAACGAGAAGGGACGCUCGUUUUACUCGACAGAAGCAGUGCAGAGUCACAUGACAGAUAAGAGCCACUGUAAGGUGUUCACAGACGGCGACGCUGCGCUGGAGUUUGCAGACUUCUAUGACUUCAGGAGCAGCUACCCGGACAGAGAGGACGGAGAGGACGCUGAAAUGGACGACGACGAGCUGCCCGACGACAAGAACCUGGAGUACGACGACGACACGCUGGAGCUGACGCUUCCUUCAGGUGCAAAGAUCGGCCACCGCUCCCUCAUGAGGUACUACAAGCAGCGCUUUGGAGCCCAGAGAGCCGUGGUUCUGACCCACAACAGGAACGCUGUUGGCCGAGUCCUCCGGCAGUACAAAGCUCUGGGCUGGGGAGGAGAUGGAGGCAGCGGCGCCUUCCAGCAGAAGCAGAAGGACAUGCAGUACGUUCAGAUGAUGAAGUCCAAGUGGAUGCUGAAGAUGGGCAUGAGCCACAACGCCACCAAGCAGAAGCACUUCAGAUGCCAGGUCAUGUUCUGAACGGACUCGUUGGACUCGUCUGUGUCGUGUUUGAAGAUGUUUGAGGUUCUGCAGCCGCGAUGGCACGAAUCUUCACCCACUGCUUGGAGUUCUGAGCUGAAGAUCAGUUAAACAUCAGCCACUUUUCAGUGUUGUGGAACAAAGUAGGUCCACUUUAAAUCUGUAAAAAUCCAGGUUUAAACUCUGAUCAGUGCAAAAGGAACCGCCAAGGAGGAGAUCAAGGACACGAAUCACACUCAGAAUAUUAUUAUAGUUACGAUGAUUGUGUUAAAGCUAAAGCAUAUUAAUAUUAAGGAUUUAUCGAAGCAUUUUGGACUCUUAAAUAACAGUACAUCUUUUUUAUUGAACAGGAUUUCAUCUUGAUCAGAACGCAUCCAAUCAAAUAAAUGUUUCAUGUUCCUUUAAUAAAACGGAA